AAAAUGUCAAAAUUAGUUUAAAGUUGUUCGUUUCGUGUAAAAAUGGCGUAAAGAUUUUUGUUUAGAAAUUACAAAUAAUUUGUGGGUGUGGCUAUUUAAUUAAUAUAAACAAAUACUAAAGUUAUGAGUUUAACUGUUAUAUAUUAAAAUUAAAUAAAGGAAACCAACUUCAGUUAAAAACUGUGACAGAUCAUACAAGCCUUAAUUUGAACUAGCGAAAUAAUUUUUCAAGUUGGACUGUAUUGGUUUCAAAUAAAAAUGAGAUUUAAGGAAAGAACCUCGUUAAGGCUUAAAAUACGUAAAUAAAAAAUGUCCAGACUAGCCGAUUAUUUCGUCAUUGUAGGGUAUGAUAAUGAAAAAGAAAGAAGUGGAAUAAUACUGCAACGAUUUCCAGAGAAAGACUGGCCAGAUACACCAUUUAUAGAUGGAAUAGAAUGGUUUUGUCAGCCGCAAGGAUGGACUUUAUCAACAGAAAGACAAGAACCAAGGUUCUUCGUAUCCGUUCUUACAGAUAUAGACGCAAACCGCCACUACUGUGCUUGUCUCUGUUUUAAUGAAACUGUUUCAAUAACUCCUAGUAAACCUGUUGAUGAAGAAGAGGAUGCAGUUGAUGGAGACUCAAAUCUUCUGAAGCCUAUACUUCCAACAAUAUCUCAUAGUAGCAUUAUGUAUGCACCUAAAUGUUUAGUACUUGUUUCUAGGUUGGAUUAUAUAGAAACGUUUAGAAAUUGUCUUGGCAUAAUAUAUUGUGUGUACAUAGAAAAUAUACCUGUGCCUCUAGAAACUUUAGUAGGCAAUAUAUUAGGCUGUAUACAAGUACCUCCUCCUGGUGGACCUCAAGUACGGUUUAGUAUUGGUGCUGGAGACAGACAAGCUUUACAACCACCCUUGUCUCCUUCCUUACCAGUAACACACUCUUCUGUUAAUUUGUUAUUUCAGCAAUUAGGUAUAAGAAAUGUUUUAGUGUUAUUUUGUGCCAUAAUGACAGAACACAAGAUACUCUUCCAUUCGAAAAGCUAUAAUAGGUUAACUGAAGCUUGUAGAGCAUUAACAGCUCUAAUGUACCCCUUUAGGUACACCCAUGUUUAUAUACCAUUGCUUCCUGCUGCUUUAGUAGAAGUCUUAUCUACACCCACUCCAUUUAUAAUGGGUGUUCACUCAUCUUUAAGAAAUGAAGUAGCCGAACAGAUGGAUGUUAUUGUAGCUGAUCUGGAUGGUGGGUCAAUUAUAAUUCCAGAUGGUAUAUCGGUACCUCUUUUAUCUGAACCUCUUUUAAGUAACACUCAAGAAGCUUUAAGUCUGAUUUUACAACCUGAGCUUAUGUGCGCCGACCAUGCGUUUCCACCACUAGCUGUGAGAGCUCCACAAGCUCUAAUGCUUGAUAAGGAGAUUAGAGCUGUUUUUAUGAGGACUUUUGCUCAACUUCUUCAAGGUUAUAGAAGUUGUUUAACUUUGAUUCGUAUACAUCCCAAACCAGUAAUUACCUUUCAUAAGGCGGCGUUUUUAGGUGAAAAAAAUUUAAGGGAAUGUGAUUUUACUACUAGAGUGUUGGAUUGUAUGUUUUUUACUAGUUUUGUGUCGGAAAGAGGUCCAUCGUGGCGUCCUUGUGAUGUCUGGGACGAAUUAUACAGUUCCAUAAAUGAUCUGAUUAAAAAAGAGCAUCAGGAACCAAGAUUGAUUUUAAUGCAUAUACAAGAGCUGGCAGCCCAGUUAUAUACCAAUGAAAUUCCCAACCCCCAAUCAUAUGCACAAAAGAUCCCAGUACCUCCAGAGGGCGCUUUUGCCAGAAUCCAUCAGCCUCCUUUGCCUAGCAUUAAUGUCGUCUUGGUUCAAGCAAUAAUCAAUGAGGGCAUGUCCAAAAACGACUUAAAAUCUAGUGAUGAUCUCAGUUGGCUAUCCUCCCUCAGACCAAUCCAACCGAGGAUAGUACCGAUGGGACCUCACAUUUCGAAUCUGCGGGACAACAAAAAUAUCGUCAGCAAUUCAGCGCGAAGAUUAGAAGUUCUUCGCAAUUGCGUUAAUUGUAUAUUCGAAAAUAAAAUAUCCGAUGCUAGAAAAACGUUUCCUGCAGUCUUAAGAGCGUUGCAAUCCAAACAAGCACGUUUAGCGCUUUGUAAUGAACUAUCUCAGCAAGUCAGUGGCACCAAAGCUAUGCUGGAAGAUCAACAGUUUGACUUGGUGGUACGUCUGAUGAACUGUGCCCUACAGGACGAUAGUUCCAUGGACGAAUACGGUGUAGCAUACGCCCUUCUGCCCUUAGCCACCAUUUUCUGUCGAAAAUUAUGCACUGGCAUUAUCCAGUUUGCCUAUACGUGCAUACAAGAACAUGCGGUAUGGCAAAACCAGCAAUUUUGGGAAGCUGCUUUCUACCAAGAUGUACAGAAGGAACUUAAAGCUUUAUACACGUCCAGAGUGGAAAGUCUUGUAACAAACGAACAUCUCAGCCCUCUAUCUCCAAGAGACAAAGAUCUAACUUGGCACAGAAGAUCUGUUUUAUCAAGAAUGCAGGAAACCUCUGCUUUGGAAAUCGCAGCAGAACAGAUGAGGUUAUGGAACUCUAUAGAUCAAGAGAAACAGAAGGAGUUGAUUACUUGUGAGGAGAACACGAUGUACAGUCAGGCGAUACACUAUGCCAACAGGAUGGUUUAUUUGUUAAUUCCUCUGGAUGUUGGAAACAAAACGAACAAACAUGAGAAUUUAGAUGACGAAAGAGCCAGUAAUAGUAUAGCCAACAGUGUUAUUUAUAGUGUUGCAGAAAGCGAUAGUGUCGAUGCCGAAUCAGGAUUUGAAGAUCAAGAUCCUAGCGAAACAGGAAGUACCGUCAUACGCAUAGUUUCUAGAUUUAUUGAUAGAGUUUGCAACGAAGGAGGUGUAACUAGAGACCAUAUUAGAAACUUGCAUCAAAUGAUACCUGGAGUAGUUCAUAUGCACAUUGAGACAUUGGAAGGUGUUUACAGGGAGUCUAAGAGACGUCCUCCCAUUCAAAAACCAAAAAUCCUUACUCCGAAUUUACUCAAUGGAGAAGGGCUAAUAAUGGACGGUGGAUUACGGGUUUAUCUUUUACCAGAUGGAAGGGAAGAAAGUGUUCCAGGGUUGCUUGGUGCUCCGCCAUUACUGCCAGCAGAAGGUGCUAUUUUCCUGACUAAUUACAGGAUUAUUUUUAAGGGAACACCCUGUGAUUCUUUUGCCUGUGAACAAGUAAUUGUACGUUCUUUUCCUGUAACAUCUCUAACAAAAGAAAAGAAAGUAGCUGUGCAAUAUCUGGCUCAUUUGGACCAAUGGUUACAAGAAGGUCUACAAUUAAGAUCUUGUACAUUCCAACUGAUGAAACUAGCUUUUGACGAAGAAGUAACAGCCGAAAAUAUCGAUAACCUUAGGAAAUUAAUUCAUAAAAUUAGACAUCCGCCGAGUUUCUGGCAUUACUUUGCUUUUGCUGGACAGGUUACAGUGAGUGAAACUCCACUGCAUAAAAAUAAAGAGAAAAAUGCAACUCUGAAGGGUUUUGCAAAGAAGACCCUUCUAAAAACCGCAAGAAAGGCCGGCUUUAAACAAAAAUCGUCUUCAAAAAGACAGAAAUAUGUUUUACCCAAUGUAACGUUAAACAAUUCAAACAAAUAUUUGACGUCGCCUGGCAGAAUGACUUUACCUCUGGAAGAUUUUAAUAAUGACGACGAUAUCUCUAUUGAUGAUUUUGAAAGUAAUCCUCUUCCGAUCACUCCAACACCCACAGAUGCAAAAACUUUAGAAAGAAUGGUCGAGAGAAGUUAUGUAAGGGAUUGGCAAAGGUUAGGUAUAGUUAACAACACUUCCCCUCUUAAUUGUAAAGGAGCGCCAGAUCAGUUUAGGUUAUGUUCGGUCAACUCUAUUUACUCCAUGUGCAGAAGCUAUCCAGCGCUGUUGGUCGUGCCUACAACAGUAACUGACGAAAGUAUUAGACGAUUCUGCAGAUGUUACAGGCAGGGACGCAUACCAGCAAUAACCUGGCGUCAUCCGCGUACCAAAGCCCUUCUUCUAAGAGGAGCUGGACACCAUGGAAAAAGUGUGAUGACUAUGCUAAAAGGCCAUCCCACUCCGAAUGCUUCCACCGAAAUGACGUCUUCCUCGGAACAAGAGAAGUACCUUUCAGCUUUAGUCGGUGCGACGCCGGUAUUUUCGCACAGACCAGGUUGGGCCAUGUCAGACAGUUCAUUAAGCAUAGAUUCGCUGAUGUUAGCUGCGGAAGAUCCUUUGGCAGGAUCCACACUUACUCCUGAAGUGGCCAGAAGAACCAAUCCAUUCAAUAAGGCUAUUGGAACAUUAGGGGUAUUUCCAAGGCAUUCUGGUGGUAAGGGACCAAAGAAUUUCGGCAGAUGGGGUUCUUUAAAAGACCGAAGACAAUCUUCGCAAGCUUCGCUAGUGCCUGGACAACAAAACAGAACUACCAUGAGGCACUCUACCGAUUUAGAUAAUACUGUAGAUAGCGUGCACUCAUUACAAAGAGCUGCUUUAUACGUUCUGGGUGAAAAAGCCCAGAUGAAAGGCAUCAGAAUCGACUCCGCCCCCAAAACCGAUUUUAUCCCAGUAGAUUAUUACGAUGUGAGACAUACCAAGGCUGCCUUUAAGAAACUGAUGCGGGCGUGUAUUCCUAGCUCGCAGAACGUCGAACCAGAACAUAGUUUCCAUAAGUUAAUAGAGAGCUCAGAGUGGCUGCAACAAAUACAAAACAUAAUGCAACUGGCCGGUGCAGUAGUAGAUCUUCUUGAUCUCCAAGGUUCUUCAGUAGCCAUCUGUCUAGAAGACGGGUGGGAUAUCACUGCCCAAGUAUCCUCAGUGGCGCAGAUUUGCUUGGAUCCGCAUUACAGGACGAUCGAGGGUUUUAGAGUUCUAGUGGAAAAAGAAUGGAUUGGAUAUGGACACAGGUUCAGUCAUAGGAGCAAUUUAAACGCGAACUCCCAAGCAAGCGGUUUUGCGCCAACCUUUCUUCAAUUUCUGGAUGUCGUUCACCAAAUUCAAAAACAGUAUCCUUUAGCGUUCGAAUUCAACGAUUACUACCUCAGAUUUUUGGCAUAUCAUUCGGUAUCGUGUAGGUUUAGAACUUUUUUGUUCGAUUGCGAGGCCGAACGCGUCGAAUCCGGUGUUGCCGCAGUCGAAGACAAACGAGGAUCCCUAACCUCACAUCAUAAAACGGUGGAUACUACGUCAGACGAUGAAAAUAUUUAUCCAGGCGGUAGGUUAUGUGGUACUAGUCAAGGAACUAACUUAGGACAAAGCAUAUUUGACUACAUUGAGAAACAGCACGCUAGAAAUCCUUUGUUUUUCAACUUUAUGUACACACCAGACUUUGAGCAUCCUGUAUUGAGGCCACAAAGUUAUCUUCCAUGUUUAGAGAUCUGGAAUUACUAUUUAGAUGAAGAUCUACAUUAUGGUCCCAGUUACGAUCUGGAAAUCAUCCAGAUGGAUACACAGCAAGAGGAAGAAGCCGAAGCCGCCGAUGGAUGCAAUAAGUCUCCAAGGAAAGUGGUUACAUUAGGAUAUGACUGCGUUAAUAAAGUGGUGCCAGAUGCUUUCAGUCAUCUGUUAGAAGAAAUUCACAAGCUGGAGACUGAACUGGGACACUUACCUCUAAAAUGGAAGGUGUUGUGGGAUAAGUUGGAUGUGCCCCUAACAGAUUCAUUGACUCGGCAUGCUUCCUUUAGUACUGCCUUAGUAAGAUCACAUGGAAGACUAGUACAUAAAAGAUCUACCCUAGAAAUAUUAAUGAGAGGUAAGAUGGUAGGAGCGGCUGAAACGUCAUUGGUAUAUUCACAUCCUCAUAGGUUCGAAAAAUAUAACUAUACCACUCCGACGCAUUGUGAUUCGUGUUCAAAUCUUCUAUGGGGUCCAGUGAAGACGGGAAUGAGAUGCAUGGAUUGUGGCUAUAGUUGUCACGAGAAAUGUACCGAAGGUGUUCCAAACAACUGUACCAAAUAUAAAGCAAUAUCUGACACGGCUACGUCGCAAACUAUGCAAGUCAGCGCAGGGGAUAACGGAUCUGUCAGCUCAGGGAGUGCCAGACAGACUUCUAGUCAGCAAUAUUAUGAACAAUUUUCGUCUAACGUAGCCGAAAACCGUACUCACGAAGGUUAUCUUUAUAAAAGAGGAGCCUUGCUAAAGGGCUGGAAACAAAGGUGGUUUGUGCUGGAUUCCAUCAAACAUCAGCUGAGAUAUUACGACGCCAUGGAAGAUUCACACUGUAAAGGUUUCAUAGAUUUGGCAGAAGUUAUGUCGGUGAGUUCGGCUACUCCAGCACCUGUGCCGCCGAAAAAGACUGAUGACAAAUCAUUCUUUGAUUUACGCACCAGUCGUCGAACGUACAAUUUUUGUGCGGCAGAUUCAUCGUCCGCACAAGAAUGGAUAGAGAAGAUCCAAGGCUGUCUGCAAUAAAUGAUAAUACUCGAUUGAAUCCAAAGUUUAGAUAGUUUAUGAAUUUAUAUAUUAUAUUUUUAUUAUAUUUGUCGCAUAGAAUUUUUUCGAAAACGCCCGUAAAUGUUUUCCAGGUCAGAAUUAAGUUAAUUUGUUCCUUUUCGCAACUUUCUAAAGGUUUGCAUUUACGAAAAAAUUCUGUCCUAAGAAAACGUAAACUUUUUAUUUUGUAAUUAUUUAUAUAGUGCACAAAUUCUGUUUAUUCAACUUUUAAGUUUUUGUAUUAUAGUUAAAUUUUAUAUUUUUUUAUGUAUGGUAUCAAAUGCAAAAAGUAUCGCUCAAAGUAAUAAAACUUGUUGUCUAAUUUA